AUGUUGAUGCGACAUAGCGCUAUCCCGCGGCUGAGCCUCGUCGGUAACCGAUCCGUCCACCAGCAGGCGUCGUCAGGACCAAGAAGCCUGGUAGCAGCACAGAGAUUCCAGGUUCCAAUGAACAUGCACUUCAAAGUCCCACACGCAAGCCGCCAAAAGAUCGCAGAAAAGUUUCUGGAGCAGUUCCAGCGAAUAUAUCAGCCGAUUUCGACGAAGCUGCCCCAGCUUGCCCAGGAGCAUGCUCUCAAACAGGAGCUGGAGUGUCUCUCAAAGUGCCCCAACACCUCCAAGGCCAAGGACAUCUACAUUACUUACGCCGGCGGCAUCCUUUCGCGACUCAAGAAGCGGCCAGCGGCCAGCUCGGAAACCGACAUCGGCACCGACGGAGAGUACGACCCCAAGAAAAAGCAGGCUAAAUCCUGGAACAUCGCGGCUGUCAACGCCAUUGUGCUGAGCACUGAGGAUAUGAAGCAACAUGGCUACCCGCUCUUUCCAGAAGACAACGAGACCGAGAACAGUACCGAGACCCUGGGACAACCCAAUUCACGAGUACAAAAGUGCGAGAGAUGUGGAAUCGACUUCGAUACCAGCGACGCACGCCAAGCGCAGAGCUGCCAGUAUCACACAGGGCGGAUACAAACCGAGCGGACACAUGGUUGCUCAACUGGGCACCACGUCUACAAGCUGGAGGGCUUCCGCGACCUCGAUGCAUACAUUCCCUUCCGAUCUAUCGGUAACGACACGCAGACCCAACACCAGCUCGUCGCCCUGGACUGCGAAAUGUCCUACACAGAAGCCGGAAUGGAACUGACACGGUUGACGGUGGUCGACAAGGACGGCAAGGUGUUGGUGGACGAGUUGUGCAAGACACAGUUUCCAGUUGUGGAUCUCAACACACGCUUCUCAGGAAUCAAGAGUCUCGAUGACGCAAAGUACAAUCUGGGUCAACUCCACGAGUUGUUGGAAGGCUUCAUCGGCAAGGACACGAUCAUUAUUGGACAUGGACUCGAAAAUGACCUCAAUGCUUUGAGGGCAUUGCUCGCGAACAAGCACCCUCAUCAAUGGCCUCCACAGCUCGUCCACACAAAGGUAGUCGACACAUCGGUCCUCUUUCGCCACCGCGAUCCGCAGCGAAAGUACUCGCUCCGAUACCUCAGUGACAAACUGUUGGGUCAGGUCAUCCAAAACGGUGUUGGCGGUCAUGAUUCGUACGAAGACGCACGGGCCUGUCUGGAGCUCGUCCAUAUGUUUCUCGACAAAGGCGCUGGAGUUGUGAAGCUGACGUUGCCUCGGCCGACCACCACCGCCGGAUUGGGGCUCAGCCCGGAUUCCUUGCUUCACCGUGAGAAUGGCAAUUUCCUUCAUAUAUUUGUGCGUGUCCAUCUGGGGUUCCGAGAGGUAUCUCCAUCAUCUACCCUGUCCUCGCAAACGAUGAAUUGCAGCCAGAGCUUCAUCGCGCAGUUCAAUGCGACGUGCCAGCGGUCGGCGGCGGCAGCCCUGACCAUGCAGGGAAACUACAACACGUAUAUGCUCUACCAGAUGUACAAUGAGCCCAUAACCUUCAGCCUUUAUGGGAUCGUUAGCGGCGCCAUCGGCACAUUUGUCGUUGUAAUUCGCGUUGGCCGUCCGGUCGCUGACCACCCUGCAUCGUCUCCCAUCGCGCAACUGUAUGGUUCAUCCGAUAUCCCUGUGGAUACCGUGAUUCCUGCGGCCCUUGCCCUUUCACAAAGCUCAUCUCAGGCAGCGAUGCUUCCCGGCUGGGGGACCGGCGACUGUCUGGACCUCGUCGUCGUUGCAGCAUUUGGUCGCUCACAGAGACAUCCCGCUCUCAAGAUAUACUGCGUCGCCAAGGGCUCGACGUUCGUUCCCAAGUUCCUGUUGUCGAACAUUUCGGUGGAUGUGGCAGCCUGGGGGGCUCUUCAGAUGUGGCAAACGUUGGCGAAUGUGUCAAUUUCCUUGGCCAAGGUGGCAUCGACCUACUUGAUCUACAUUCGCGUCCAACCGCUGGUGAAGCAAGCGAGCAACCCCUUCAACGUUGCCAUCCAAGUCAUGAUAUUUGUUCAAGGACUGCUGUCUGCGAUCGGGGGCCAGUACACCAUCACGAACUCGCUCUUGUUCACUCUGCACCUCAGCAACGUCCCAUAUGCCACAAUCCCGCCCGUCAGCUGGACGGGCUUGAUCCUUCAGAUGGUGCUGGAUUUUGGCAUCUUAUCUUAUACUAUCUACAUCCUAAAGGAUGCCGAUAAAGUCGCCCAAUCGGAAGUGGAAAGGCAGAAGCGACAGCGCAUGAUAUUCCUGCACUUCAUCUCGGGCGUCAUGAGACUUGCAAUUUUCAUGACCGCAGAUAUUCUCGGGGUCUACAGCCUACUCAACAACGAACUGGGCGUCAGUGUUAUCAGAGACUUUAUCCUGAUCAUCAAGCCGUUUUUGAUCAUCACCGAGGUGUCUCGAGUGGCCCGGGGUAUUGAAGUCCUAGGCAGUAAAGACGGGGACUCGGCCAGUGUGCGCACGGACCGAAACAUCUCGACGAUGACACCGAAGGCAGUGUCGGGGGCAACCAUUCUUGCACCAUUUGGAGACCGAACUACUGGCGCUGAUCAACGAAGCCAAACAAAUGUGCAAGUUUAG